AUGGCCAAAUUACUCCUUGUGAUUGUGGUAGGUGUUGUAGCCCUGGCGGCAGCAACUCAAGGCGCCACAACGCCCCAAUUGCAACGUCUGAUUGCCGAGGAGCAAUCGAAAUGCGCCAGUGGUCAAGAUUCGAUGGCCUGCAUUAAAGAGCGAGCCAUGCGUUUUGUGGACAAUGUGAUGAGCAAAGAAAGCUAUACGGUCUCCAAUUUGGAAGUGCGUUCAAAUGGUGAAAAAUCGGCGCCCGUUAGCGAGGCACGUGCCAACAGUGCUGAUGGCUUCAUUGAUGCCAUUGAGAACUAUAUGCGGGGACAUGAUGUCAGCAUGAAUCUGCCAGGAGCCGAUGCCAAAAUCACUGUCUCGGCCCGCAAUCUGGCCAAUGAUGAGUUGAGCCUGAAUCUGCAGUUGAAUCAAGAAAACGAUGAUGAUGAUAUCGAAGCCAGGGGUAAGAAGGGCAACAUCUUCAAGAAGGGCAAGAAGCAUCGUCUACGCAAAUUGGCCAUGCCCAUUCUGGUGCUCAUUCUGCUGAAGGCCAUCACUGUUAUCCCCAUGGCAAUUGGAAUCUUGAAGAUUAAGGCAUUCAAUGCUCUUGCUUUGGGUUUCUUCUCCUUCAUUGUUUCGGUUGGUUUGGCCAUUUUCCAAUUGUGCAAAAAGAUUGCCCAUGAUCAUCAUCACACGGCACACAUCACCGCCCAUGGUCCUUGGGAUGGUCGUUCAUUUGCUGGGGCCGUGCCCGCCGCAGUUGUUGAGCAGCCUCAAUUUUCCGCUUCGGCUCAAAACUUGGCUUACCAAGGCUAUGCCUAG